AUGGCAUUGUUAAGAGCUACCAAUUUGCAACUGCGGCUAAACGUCAGCCCAUCGUUACAAUGCUCACGCAGACGGCCAUCGUCUCUGUCACGGCUUUCUAUAACCACAUGCCAACUGGGCGAUUCAAACGAGGGCGGGGAGUCCGUAGUGGCUCGGCCAUUCGAGGCUGAGACGGAGGCUCGGGCACAAGCCAGGCUCGCAGCUUCGGAUCCGAACCGACGAUACCAGGAGAUGAUGCAACGGAGGGAGGAGAGCCGACAACAGACCUUGCGAGAAUACGGCGAUUUGAAGCGGCAGCUGUCGCAAACGGCUAUAGGAGUGGGGGCGGCAGGCACGCUCUACUGCUUUCUCGGGAUCUCCAUUCAGACGGCUAUCAGCUACGGCAUCGGAAGCGCUGCCAGCUGUCUCUACCUACUACUGCUAUUCAACGACACUGACACCAUUGCUCCUGAGGACCUCCCUCCCGCCUUCCUUAUUGACCGAAACAAGCCCAAGAGUCUACCCAACCGUCCCCUUCCCAGGAAGGGCCUGGUUGACAGUCUAGCGACGGUCGAUUCACCCCAGAAGCUAGUGCAGGGGGCCCAGCUCGCCCUCUCCUCGCGCCGCCUGCUCGUGCCGGCUGCUCUCGUGCUGCUCUGGUCCUUCUCUCUGCAAUUCAGCGGCAGUGACCCCAACAGCUUGCACAUCGAGCUCGCCCUCUCCUCCCGCCGCCUGCUAGUGCCUGCUUCCCUCAUGCUGCUCUGGGCCUUCUCCGUGCAAUUCAGCGGCAGCGACCCCAACAGCUUGCACAUCGAGUGCCCGCUGCCCUUGUGCUGCUCUGGGCCUUCUCCCUGCAAUUCAGCGGCAGCGACCCCAACAGCUUGCACAUUGAGGUGCGUGCCUGCUCCCUUGUGGUCUUCUCUCCCUUUGCCUGCUGUCCCGGUGCCUGCUUCCCUUGUGCCCACUGCUCUCCCCCCUUGUGCCUGCUGCCCUCACAUUUCCGUGAAUUUUGAGGGGGUUUAA